UGCCGUAAAGGACUACAAAUAUUUGUAUUGUUUUGUUUUUGUUCAAUAAAUUAUAAGGACUCACCCCUGAUCCCCCUUCCACCGCAUUUACGCUUGGCGCGCUCUCCAGGAUGGCAGAUGUAAGCUUGGUUUUUGACGGCUUACCGGCGAUCCUCCUGAAACCCGAUAUAAUAUACCGUAUUGGAAGGAAGAAAGGCCUGGAAAUCAGCGUCGCUGAUGAGUCCAUGGAGCUAGCUCAUGCCACCGCCUGCAUCCUCCGCCGGGGAGUGGUGCGCCUGGCGGCCCUGGUAGGCAGGAUGUUCGUUUACGACCAGGAGAAGACCCUUGUGGACAUUGGCAAGGAGGACGCCUUAACCGGUCACGUGAAGCUGCGAUUUGGGAAUGUGGAGGCCAGGCUGGAGAUCAAGGAGGACAACGAUGAGGCCCACGACAGCAGUGGAUUCGGAGAGUGCCUGAAGAACAGGUCCAUCAACUCGACACUGGACAGCUUGGACAUCCCGGAGACACAGCCUCCAUCCGCCAACACGACGGUUAAUACUACGGCGGAUAGCUUCUUUAUACCCGAGACCCAAGCAGUUGUCCUGGAUAGGCCACGGACCAGUGGAAAAGUGUCGCUGGGCGAUGACUUUAUGAUACCCGAAACGCAGGAUUUUCUGGCGGAACUUCCACCUGUACAUCCCAUCAAACCAGUGCUGAAUCCGCAUAACUUCACUAUUGGCAGCGAUGGGGAGUCCUCCCAGGGCAGCAUGAUACGCAUGUGCACCCAGGACUACAAUGAGGAUGCCAUCGAUGACUUUGAUUCCUCUCAGGUCCUCUGCGAUGCUCUUCUACCCCUGCCGCCGCCCACAAAACCCAUGGAAUCUCUUGAGAAGAAGGAAAAUAAGCGGGAUCAACUGGACACUACCGACUUUGAAAUGAGUGCCUUGAAUUGGUCAGCAAGCAAUUCCAAGUGCAGUGCCCUGAGUAGCACCAAAGCGGAUGCAGUGCUGCCGCCAGGGGAUGCCUGCAUUACGCCUGAAUUGACCGCUCCCUCCGUAGAUCGUAACAUAUGCACCCCUGAACUCUUUGAUUUGAUCUUGGGCAGGGACGGGAGAGCCGACUCCUGUAGUCCAGAUCCGUUCGUUCGUCCGGCGGAUAGAGGAAAUGCCACCACACCGCAGUUUGGCGGAGUCAAACAGCUGGUUGUGGCCACCAUUGAGACACCUACUGCCACUCCCGACAAAGAUAACGCAGAGAGGAGUCAGGAGAGCAAUCAGGAUAUGAUAGUCACUCAACGAUUUCCUGGAAAUAAAUUGUUUGAAAGUGACGACGAAGACAAUGAGUUGCCGAAUCAAGAUUUGGUGGCCACUCAAGCGUUUAACUUGGCACGCCCGCAACCAAACGAAGCUUCACUAAAAGAAAAUGAAACCAAUCAAGAUUUCAUAGCCACCCAGGCUUUUAACUUUCUGCGACCACAAACAAAUGAUUCUCCCAAACCACCAAAAGCUUAUGAGAAUUCCAACCAGGAUUUCAUAGAAACUCAGGUGUUCAACUUGGGUCGCCCACUGCCAAGUGAUUCUACAGAGCCACCAAAAGACAAUGAGACUUCCAACCAAGACUUCCUAGCCACUCAAGCCUUUCCAGCCAAGAUCAACAGCUCUCGGUGCCAGGACUUUAUAGCCACACAACCUUUUCAAGUGGUCUACCAGCAUUCCACGAGUAUAAGCAACAAGGAAAACAUUCCACACGACGUCAGUGCCCAAAAGGGUUCAGGUACAAAAACCGUUGAGGAUUCUUGUGAUGAGAUAGAUGCUGUGCUGAAUGAAAUGGUUUCGGGAACGGUGGUAACGUCGCCUGUAAAUCCCAACGAAGAGGAGAUAAAGUUCUUCAAGCCAUGCGUGAUAAAGGAUAAGAAUCACUACCAAAAGAUUUGCCAGAUCGAAGGGGUUUUCAGUGAUCUGAGCAACAAAAGUCGUUGGCGUACUGACGCAACCGGCGAUGGCAGCCGCAAACGUGUGGCCAAAUCAGAAUCUCCUCCAGCAACGCCAAGCCGAAAGAAUCGACGAAUAUCAGAGGGAUCUCAGAGAUUGGAAAUUAACGUGAGAAAACGGCGAGCAAAUUCAGCGGACAAAAACUCGGAACCUCUUAACAAAUCAGUUUGCCCAGAACAUGAAAUAGGCGUGAUUGCUGAAGAGAAAACCAAGGAUGAUAAAGGAGAAGCUGCUUUCAAAGUAGUGGCAAAUCAAUGGCAAGACCGUAGAAAUCGAAUUAAUAGCCGCUCUGGUACUCCAGGAAACUCAUUAGAAAAGAGUAAGGUAAUCACUGAGUUGGAGGACAAAGAGCCACCAUCCAAAAAGAAGCGCGAUAGAAAAGCAAAGACUGCGGAGACAAGUAAAACCGACUCAUCCAAGGACAUUCCCAAGCCAACGACAAGAAGCAGGCGUAAAACCAGUGAUGAAGAUGCUGGCACAGAAAAGCAAACAAAAUCCAAGAUUGCGGAGCCUAAAACCACACGCCAAGCUACCAUUAAAGAUGCUGAGGUGCCUGCGAAGACAGCAAGUGGAAGGAAGGUCAAAAAGGCAGACACACCCAAAGAUAUGCCCAAGCCAACGAUCAGAACCAGGCGUCAAACCAGUGAGGAAGAUGCUGGGACAACUGGAGGAGAUAAGGAAAGAGAUCUAAAGGACAAACCCAAGGAUAUUCCCAAGCCAAUUGCCAGAGGCAGGCGCAAAGCUAGUGAAGAUGAUACUGAAACGGCUAAAGCAGAAAACCCUGUCAAGUUGAAAAAUGCAAAGAAGCCCAAGUCAGUAGAGAAAAGUAAGGCGGAUGCGUCCGAGGACAAACCCCUACCAAGAACCAGGCGUAAAACUAUCGUCGAAGAUGCCGACACGCCCAAAGAAGAAAAGCCAGCUAGCAUAUCAGUUAAACGUGCUGUUGUUCGUAUAUCCAGGACAAUCGUUGACCAAGCAGACACUUCUUCAAACUCCGGGAACAACUCCAGGAUAACUCGUGCUGCCAAUUCGCGGUCUGCAACUCCGUCUAUUGAAGAGCCUUUAUCUAGCUCCGCCGCUGCUAAGGCAUCUAAUGUGUCCGCAGCUAGCCGAGCAGCAAGACCAACUCGAGUUGCCAAGUCGCGUUCCACCACCGUCGAUGAGUUACUAACUACCUCUGUUACUGCCAAAGAGCCUAUAGCUUCCCGUGAGGAGCCAUCCUCCAGCUCUGUCAAUACCAAGAAGGCGACAAUUGCAGCUGAAGGGGAAGGUGCAAGGAACAGAUCAGGAGCCACCACUACUCGAUUUAGUCAGCCGGAUCCGGAUCCCCUCAAAGCCUUUAAUCAAUAUGUUCGAAAGGCCAAAACCACUGGAAAAAUUAAAAUAGCUUUCACCAUGUGCAAUCGUCAGGCGUUGGAUUCAGUCUUAAAGUCCCUGAAGCACGUGGUGGAAACCACGGAGGAUCCCCUACAGUGCGACCUGCUCAUCAUGGACAAGGGCGAGCGCACCUACAAGUUCCUGGCGGUGAUUGCUUCCAACAAACCCGUUCUCUCCAGCAAUUGGUUGCAUUCCGUGAAAAAGAGCAGAAGCCUCGACAUCAAGGCAGAUCAUCUGUUUAGUGAUGCCAAGUUCAUGGAGAUCUUCAGGUUCAAACCCCUGUCUGUACUGGAACACCCUCGCUUACUAUUUGGUUUACACUUUAUGCUCGGUGAAGACAUCAUUCCAAAGGCCAUCGAAAUGAAAGUUAUUAUUCAAAGUGCCGGCGGAAAGGUCCACGUCCAACCGCCCUCGCUGGCCAUCAGCAUGGACCUGUACGUGGUCACCACAAGCAAGGACACAAAGUCCAAGCGACGUCUGACCAACCACGAAAAGGUGCACUUCAUCAAAACCGAGGCCAUUAUGCAGGCGCUCGUCCAACACAACGUUGAACUUCUGGACGAGUACAAGCUCAGCCUUUAAACGCCCUAAUUUGUGGCAUAUUUCUUUUUUUGUUUAGUGUUUUUCAAAUUUUCUAAUGAUAUUGCUAACUUUUGUCAGCCAUAAUUCCAAGCAGCUCCUGAUUAACUACAAGAAAGUACAUCACAUAUUCACAGAAGAGCUAUGUAUCAAGCUUUAAAUUUAAGAUUUUUGUAUUUUGUUUAAUGUUUUUUGGGGCCAUCUAGUUGCGGCCAUAUUAAAAUUAGUUGUUACACUC